GCACAGAGCCUGUUUGCUGUGCGGUGUAUUAGCCAGCGCGCAACUAAAGGCUGCGACGCAAGUAAAUCGGCUCCUGCGGCGACGACGCCGAGAGCAUCAGAAAGCCUCAGUUCCUGUCAGGUUGCGCACCGAACAGCCCUCUUCUGCUGGACAUGAAAGUGCAGCACGGCUGCAACUCAUCAGACAUGGGGAUCCCGGUUACAACUGAAGAAGAAUUGCGCAGAAAUACCGUAAUAACGCCCGAGGAUGUGCUUGGGCUACAGAAGAUCACCAAGAAUUAUCUUUGUUCUCCAGAAGAAAAUGUCCACAUGAUUGACUUCACCAGGUUUAAGAUUCGUGACAUGGAAACAGGGACAGUCCUGUUUGAGAUCACCAAACCUCCAAUACCAGCGGGAGACAAAAAGCACUGUGACCCCAACGCCGGCCGUUUUGUCCGAUACCAGUUCACCCCAGCCUUCCUGCAGUUGCGGCAGGUUGGAGCCACAGUGGAGUUCACAGUGGGAGACACACCCAUCAACAACUUCCGCAUGAUUGAGAGACACUACUUCCGCGAUCAGCUGCUCAAGAGCUUUGAUUUCGAGUUUGGCUUCUGCAUGCCCAGCAGCAAGAACACAUGCGAGCACAUCUAUGAGUUCCCCGCACUGUCUGAGGAAAUCAUGCAGGAAAUGAUCCUGCACCCGUAUGAGACGCAGUCUGACAGCUUCUACUUUGUGGACAACAAGCUGGUGAUGCACAACAAGGCAGACUAUUCCUACAGUGGGGGGCCAUAGGCAGACCAGUCGCCACCCCUUCACUCCUCCCUGUUGUAGACAUUUUCCACGAUCCAUGUACAACUUCAGGACCAGAAACAGAUGAACUGAUGGACAAUUCGCUGGCAUUAAACUCUUAAACUCACUCCUGUUAACUCCAUGAAUUUCCAUUCAGGUAUUUAGCUGCCAGACCAAUAGAUUUCUCUCUUUGCAGGAACAUCGAAUUCUGUCAGAUUUAUCAUCAGUUUGCAUCUGUGCGUGUGUGUGUGUGUGUGUGUGUGUGUGUGAGCGAGUGUGUGGGCAGCAAACACAUGCAGUGUCUGUACAUACUGUUGAUCUCAGUCUGUAUAUGUGGGUUUCACUUGAUCAUCAGGAAAACACUGAUCAAUUUACAUUUUGUGUGUGUGAGUGUUUUGAUAGCUAAUAAUAUGAAGAGAGAAAGGAGACAGUGAGUGCUGUUUGUCUUCACUUAACCAGACGAGGCAGAAAACACACCAUGAGACGAAGAGAGAAAUGAUGUUACUCUAAAGAAGUUUUAAAAAAAAAAUUAAUCCAUUCAGAUGUACAUUUAUAUAGUUUGUAUAGGAAUGACAUUACAUUUUCACUCCUGAAGUUUCUUAAAUUUCUAGUAGCACACAUCCGAAUGAAUCCUCCCAUGAUCUUGGUCUGUCAUCGUUCAUUUGAGUGACAAACAGAAAUGUGUACUUUGUCUAUGUGAAUGUGUCAUUUGUUGUAUGUUUUCAUGUUCAUAGUACUACUAUUUCAGGAGUAUUUUUUAAAUAAAUAGCCAUUUUAAAUUGUCAGAAAUCCUACAUUAGCCAAAAGUCAGAUACCAAUUUUGAUAUCCAGUACGUGCUCUGUAGUACUGAACACUGUGUAUACUUAAUUAUA